AUGGAGAAAGCAGGGAAAAGGAUUGAUGAAUGGGCGCGGACCUUCUCUAAAGGCAACAAGAAGCCCAUGGCACCCAGAGAAUAUCCGCCUAUGCGGGUAAAGAAGGAUAUUGUGCUCCAGGAUAUCAAACCAAUACCUGACCAGCCAAGUACGAACCCCAAGACCGUUUUAGUGGCGCACGAGCAACUGGAGGAUCUUUCCUUGGAACCAACGCUGGGCGGUAAAGAGAAGAAGAAGGAUGAGACCCCUAUGACAUCUCGCCCCAACCGUCCGACGGAAACGAAAGAAUCAACAGCACCCAAGUGCUCCCCUGCGGAAAUCCAGGCUGCCAAUAGUCAUAAGGAAAUGGGCAAUGAGUACUAUAAAAAAGGACAAUGGGAGAAAGCCUUCGAGUGUUACUCGGACAGCAUGUAUCUCGAUCCACACAACUCUGUUUACCCAAUCAACAGGGCGAUGGCGUUGUUGAAACUCCAGAGGUUUGCGGAGGCCGAGCGCGACUGCACUCUCGGGUUGAAACUCGACAGUAAGAACCUGAAAGCGCUUUGGAGGCGUGGCAUGGCCCGCCGGUCUAUCGGAAAUUUUAGAGAAGCAAAAGAGGACUUUGAAGCGGGCUUGAAGAUUGAACCCGGUAAUAAAACGCUGAAAGAGGAACUGGCCAAACUGGAGCAGAUGCAAAAGAAGCCAACAACAACACCGCCACCAGCAUCAAAACCGGUCCCGUUGUCGACUCCAAAGGCUCAACAAACAAAAGUGGUGCCCGCUCCAUCGUCAGCGAAAGAGAAACUUGCAAUUCCGGUUAUUUCCAGCAAGCGUGUGCAAAUCAAGGAAAUUGAAAAUGAUGAGAGUUCGGAGCUCUUCGAGUCAGCAGCUGCGAAAACUUCUACAACCUCAACCACUAGUAUCCAGGCUACAGCACCUGCUGCACCAUUAAACCCAACAUCUUCGACCACAUCUGCAGCUGGAACACCAGUAGUAUCCAAGGCUCCCUCUAGUUCAGCAUUGACUUCGCCACAAGCAACAAGCAGUAAUGUCAAUAUGUCGACGCCGGCGACUACUCUGGACUUCCAGCGCGACUGGAAGAGCUAUAGCAAAAAUAGCGGACUGCUCUAUCAAUAUAUCAAGCUCAUCCAACCGGGGAUACUGCCAACCCUCUUCAAGAGCUCCUUUGAAUCGGAUUACCUGGCCUCGAUGCUCUUCAUCUUCCGAGAGUACUAUAUCCCAUCUGAGGAACCACAGCUGCUCUAUCGAACCCUUGUGAAUCUUGCAAAAGUCCAGCGCUUUGAUAUGACGCUCAUGUUCAUGUCGGGCACCGAUAAGAAAGGUCAUCUCAAUGAUCAAGCCGUUUAUAACCAGCAAGACCUCGUAACACUCGCAUCCAAGUUCAAAACCACCGACUAUUAG